AUGCCUAAUCCUUUCCUCGAGAAACUUUUCUCCCUCGACGGUCGCCUCGCCGUCGUGACGGGUGGAACAAGGGGUAUCGGCCAGGCCAUGGCCGUUGCGCUUGCAGAGGCUGGCGCCGACAUUAUUUUAAUUCAGCGUGAUGAAAGCAACCUCGAGACAAAAUCCCAAAUCGAAGCCCUCGGCCGCAAAGCAACCGUCUACACCUGCGACCUCUCAUGCCAAGAAUCCGUCGAGCAGCUGGCACCAAAGAUCCUCGCCGAUGGCCACGACGUAUCCAUCCUCGUGACGUGCGCAGGCAUCCAAAGGCGCCACCCAGCACACGUGUUCCCCAUGAGCGACUGGGACGAGGUUCUCCAAGUGAACCUGAAAACCGUGUGGACGCUGGACCGGGAUUUCGGCGGCUACAUGCUCACGCGGCCCGCCGACCCGACGACGGGCCACCGCGGGAGCGUCAUCAACGUCGCGUCGCUCGUCUCCUUCCAGGGCGGCAUCACGGUGCCGGCGUACGCGGCGGCCAAGGGCGGCAUCGCGCAGCUGACCAAGGCCCUGAGCAACGAGUGGGCGAGCAAGGGCGUCAACGUGAACGCCAUUGCGCCGGGCUACGUCGCCACCGACAUGAACGAGGCUCUGCUCAAGGACGAGGCGAGGGCGGCGAGCAUUCUGGCUAGGAUCCCGGCUGGACGGUGGGGCAAUGCGGAUGACUUCAAGGGCGCGACGGUGUUUUUGGCGGGGAGGGGCAGCUUGUACGUUUCGGGCGAGCUUUUGACUGUCGAUGGCGGAUGGAUGGGGAGAAUAAUGACAACAAUAAAAGCAUCAGUCCUUCACGGACCGAAGGACCUGCGCAUUGAGGAGCGCACGAUCCCGCCGCCGGGCGCAGGCGAGGUGCAGGUCUCGAUCCGCGCGACGGGCAUCUGCGGCUCCGACAUGCACUACUACGUGCACGGGGCCAACGGCGACUUCAAAGUGCGCGAGCCGCUGUCCCUGGGCCACGAGUCGGCCGGCGUGGUCGAGGCGGUCGGACCCGACGUCACGGACCUGCAGGUGGGCGACCGCGUGGCCGUCGAGGUGGGCAUCGCGUGCGACGAGUGCGACCUGUGCAGGACCGGGCGCUACAACCUCUGCAAGGGCAUGAAGUUCCGGUCCAGCGCCAAGAUCUUCCCCCACUUCCAGGGCACGCUGCAGGACCGCAUCAACCACCCGGCGCGCCUGACCUACAAGCUCCCGGACUCGGCGUCGCUGGCCGAGGGCGCGCUGCUGGAGCCGCUGGGCGUCGCCAUCCACGGCGUCCGGCGCGCCGGCGAGCAGAGGGGCCGGACGGCGCUCGUCAUCGGCGCCGGCGCCGUCGGGCUGCUGACGGCCGCCGUGCUGCGCGUCGAGGGCGUCAGGUCCAUCGCCAUCGCGGACAUUGUGCCCGAGCGCGUGCAGUUCGCCGUCGCCAACGGCUUCGCCGACAAGGCCGUCGUGGUGCCGGCCAAGCGCCUGCCGCCGACGGCCACGGCGGACGAGAAGCUGGCCCUGGCGCGCGAGACGGCCGCGCUGCUGAGCGCCGAGGGCAACGGCGGGGACGAGUACGGCACGACGUUUGAGUGCACGGGCGUCGAGUCGUGCGUGCAGGCUGCCAUCUACGCCACGGGGCCCGGCGGCCGCGUCAUGAUGAUCGGCAUGGGCACGCCCGUCCAGACCGUGCCGCUGGGCGCCGCCGCCCUGCGCGAGGUGGACCUGCUGGGCGUGUUUCGCUACGCCAACACCUACCCGCGCGGCAUCGAGCUGCUGGCCGGCAAGGCAAGCAACGGCAUGCCCGACAUCGGCCUGCUGGCGACGCAGAACGUCAAGGGGUUGGACAGGGCCGAGGAUGCCUUUGCCAUUGCGGCCAAGCCGGUGGAUGCGGAUGGGAAUCUGGUGCUGAAGGUCAUUAUCGAGACUUGA